AUGAACAACUCUUCCGAUUCGACACCCGGCGGCGGCUCCAGUCUCGGAAACCAAACGAUCGGAGGAUUCGGGUACGGGAUCGGCCUAUCCAUAGCGUGCCUCGUCAUGUUCGCAGUCGUCACCUACGUUUCCUACGUCUGCAAACGUCUCCACGGCGGUGAUGGUGGGCCCACCACCACCACCACCACCACCAGGAUCCGCCGCGGUUCGUUGGCAUCACUGAAUGCUAACCCGGCCGCGAGUCCGGAUUCUUCUUCUACAGUUAGUGCCCAAUGCAACGGCUUGGACGAGGCAACUCUAUCCACCUACCCUCAAUCCGCCUACUCACAAAUCGGUGGGGCCCGUGAGGGAAAAUCGAAUGCAUCAGCGUGCUCGAUUUGCCUGGCGGACUACAAGGGGGCGGAUUUGGUACGGUUGAUCCCGAGUUGCGGGCAUUUGUUCCACCGCGAUUGCAUCGAUCCGUGGCUAAGUCUUCACCCGACUUGUCCGGUUUGUAGAAGUUCGCCGUUGCCUAUUACGAUUUAUUAG